UCAUUCUCCCUGACGCGCCCCGCCUCACUCCCACCAUCACAGACUUAUUGGAAAAUUUUUUUUGCAGACGAUAUUUCAUCAUUUUUCGGACCCAUGAUGGGAUUGGUUUACUUCUUUGAUGUCACCGGCUUUUGUCUUUUGUUUCUCGAGUGUUCACAAUUGAAUACUGAAUCAUUGGCUCGUUUUGGACCGUUAACGAUUAUCGCAGUAUCGCAGCUUUUAGAAAUAUCAAUUAUUUUCGAAAUUGUCGGCACUAUGGGUGAAAAGCUUAAGGACAAUGUAUACAAUUUGCCCUGGCAAUGUAUGGAUAUGAAAAAUCAGAUGACGGUUUUAAUUUUCCUCAAUAGAAUUCAGAGAACAAUGCAUAUCACAUGUAUGGAGGUGAUGCCCGUUGGUGUACAAAGCAUGGCCUCUAUUUUGAAAACAUGCUUCUCGUACUUCACGAUUCUACAAUCUAUGGAUAUUUAA